AUGAUCAAUUUGAUUACUUCAACCAGCGACCACUGUCCAAAAGACCGAUCUCGUGAAAUCUGCCGCGACGGGACUCGGUUCCUCGUGACUGAGAAGCACUUUGAAGACAAUCAGGGCAAAUGCCAGAAAAGAGUCGACACGCGCAGACUGCCAGAUCUGGAAUGUCGUGGUCGUGCCCUAGCGCGUUAUCCCUGCAAACGUGAUCCCGCUACGGGCUUAGGAUAUCAGGAAAUUCGGCUCGUGAACGAGUAUCCCGUUGACUGUCAAUGCAAGACAACUACAAACUCUUUUAUGCAAAUCUGUGGUUGUCCAUCAGUAAAGAAGCAAGAGGUGUGUCAAGGUCACACCAACACCGUUAUCUCCAAGACCACUAUUUAUCGUCUGCAAUACGACGCCUUAAAUCAGCCUAGGUGUCAACCAGUCGUCCUGCUUAAACGUCUGCCACCUCUUACCUGUCCACCACAGAACGAAACCACAGUAACUCAACGCGGAGAGUUCAGGGAAAUCUGUGAUGCCGAUACUUGUCAAAGGUAUCUCAUGACGAGCGAGUGGUUGAUUGAAGGCUGUGAGUGCAAGAGACGGAUUCAUAAGGAGGCCGCUGGAAAGUGCUGUUGUCCGAAGCCAAGUAUUAAGGUGUCACAAUGCGUCGGUAAUCAGCGAUCAGUGCAACGACACACCUACAAUCUUAUCAAUGGUCAAUGCCUGCAUCACGUUACCUCCAGGAUUCAGCCCUGCAGAGAGAUGCAGGAUGUACAUCGAGUCUAUUGCGACAAAAUCCUUGGCGCAAAUGUGUACGAGUCUUCCAGUUUUAAAGAACUCCCUGAUGGAACACUUGAGACCACCCAGAAGAGAAUUAUUCCAACCAUAUGCAAUGACACGUACGUGGAGAGGGCAGGGAAAUGCGAACCCGACCCCAAAACUGGUCGACUGGUUCGGACAGCUGUCGUCGUGACCAGCGAGCAGGAUGGCUGUGAAUGCACUGCACCGCGAGCUCAAUUGCUUACCACCGCCUGCAACUGCGUUGACGUUGAAACUGGACUGCUAACAAAAGAACAGCACACAUUCAAAAACGAAGUUCCCUGCUCCCCUGCUUGCAUCUCUGGCAGCGACCUCUGCGGGACGCCCUCGUGCCAAAGCAAAGUCCAAUGGUAUCGCAUGGUUCCCGUCGAUGGAGAAGGCUCACCAACGUGUCGCAAGGAGCUAAUCAGAGAGACGACUGCAGAAUGCUGCUGUCCAGAAGACUCGAAGAUUUCUCGGACCUGUGACACUCAAGGUGGACCAAAGUGGCUCUUGCGACAAACCACGUACACCCUUCAGUCAGGGAAGUGCGUCCUCCACGAGCAGACAUGGCAGGAGCCGGUGAAUUGUUCUGAGGGAUUUGUCGGUCAAGAACGUGGAGAAAAGGAACAGGACGGAACUCAAGAAGUGAAGUUGAUAUUUGAAACCUUGGUCGGUUGCAAGUGUGUCCGUUUUGAAAAACGGCUGCGGUGUCCAUGGCAGUGUCCAGAACCAACCCAGCGUGUUUACUGCGACACAGGCCUUGGAGGCGAGUCAGUGGUGGAAUACACAUGGUAUAAUCUGAUUGGCUGCAACUGUCAACGUCAUGUUCAGCGCAAGAGACGCAAAAUUACCUGCCCGGUCUACUCCGAAGUGGUUUCGAGGAAUUGCUCAAAGCAAACAGGCGAAGAAACCGUUGUUCGAAAGAGGAUGGUUCGAGAUGGGUGCAAAUGCAAAAUGGUUCCUGACACCUCGUAUCAAAAAUGUGCAUGUCCACCCGAACGCAAAGGAGAGUCCAUUUGUAAUCGCGACACAAAUCAAAUCGAACGCCUCGUAACUAAGUGGAUUUUGAUUGGAGGGAGGUGUCAGGAAAUCAAGGAAACUGAACUGGAACCGGUCAGGUGUGCCGAUGAAGUGCUGGUCGCCAACCACACAAUCAGACCGAUCCUCAAGUGCGACGAUCAAACAGGGAGCGGACAGCUCGUAAAAACAACUUGGCGUGUACACGAAUGCAAAUGUGUUCGUGGGGAAGAGAUCAUACGUCAGGGACGAUGCCGGUGCAACGCCCCGAUCAGAACCACUGAAUGUGACACAGAUCGAGGAAUUUGGAUUCACAAACUGUCAGCAUUCACACUAGACACAGAAAACCUUCGCUGUGUGGAAAACACCACAGUGGAAGAGAAGCCUUUUUUUUGCACGCCGGAAGUCAGUUUCAUAUCAUCACCCUGCAAGGAUGGACGCAUGAAACUAAAGAAAGUUACGCAGAUACCUGACCCCAAUGACUGCAAGUGCAUCAUAAAUACCACAAUCAGCCAUGUAGACUGUCGUUGUCCUCCAAAGACACUACUGAUAGGCCGGUGUGACGCAGACGAGAAGGCACAAAUCUUGACGAAACUUGAACAGGAAUGGGAUCCACAAAAGCAGAAGUGCAUCUUCAAAAAUCGAUACCAACAAUACCUUGUGUGUUCCUGCCCAACGGCUACUGAAUCAACAUCCUGUGUCAGAGGCAUGAUGGAAACAAGGCGGACGCGGUACACCGUCUACGCAGACCGAGCUGGCUGUAAGGAGGAGGUGGAGGUCCACAGGUGGCGGCCCGCGUGUUCGCCGCAAGAGAUGAGAAGAGAUUUUGGCAAAUGCAACCACGAAACCUGCAGUCGUGAUCUCAAGACCUUUACGCGGAUCUACAAUGCGACAACUUGUCAGUGCGACUGGAAACUCAAGGAGGAAAGAAGUUGUUCAUGUUGUGGUUGCCCUAAACGAAAAGUCGAGAUCAGUUGUUUCAAUAAUGCAGAAUUUGUGGCCCGAUCCGAAUACUAUGUCCCCCAGGUUAACGGUUGUGGACACACGUGCAGGAAACUGUCUGCAGUUACCCGUCAACCUUUAAGUUGCAAGCAGGCACCAGAGGAGAGCGACAAGUGCCACGACGGAACUCUUUUGAGGGUUGUCAAGACAGUAAAUCUAGUGGACCACCGCUGCAAGGAAAGCAUUCAGUACUUGAAUAAGCAGACAGAGUGCGAUCAGCCAAGCGAACAAAAAGCUGGCGCUUGCGACCCGUUAUCGUGCAAACGACCGAUCUACGAAGUCAGUUACUAUCGUGAUAAAGAAACUUGUGCGUGCCAACCAAAAGAGAAGUAUAUUGGAUCGGAAGACUGCUGUUGCCUACCUCCUCCAAAGUCAACGAAAAUGUGCCUUGGGGAAUGUUUCGUGACCGUUCACACGCUCGCUAGCUUCGACGCGAAGCAAAAGAGUUGUAUCCAUAGUGAAAGCGUCACCCGUUUCUGUCCAUCCUGUCCGAUGCCCUCGGAGGAGGUGGAGGCGUGUGGAAGCGCAGGAAACUGCCUCCAACGUGUACGAAAGUUACGCUACAGUUUAGAUAACUGUCAGUGUAAAAAACACGAAACUACCGAAACUCGCAACUGCUGUUGCCCGCAAACACCCGAGGAGCCUCCCGUCUGCGUCCCAGAUGAGCACGUCCUCGUCUACAACCAUGUGGACUACAACAUGGUAGAUGGGAAGUGCGUGAAACAGAGCCGAGAGCAUCGGGUUCCAGUUGAAUGUCCUCCUAAAGGCGUGAACAUCUCACAGACAAUGGCAGAGCCAGGUGAAUGUGACAGAGCCACUUGUCUUCGUAAAGUCAGCCACAGCAAAUGGUUCCUAAAUGACUGUCAAUGCCAAAAGCUCACAAGUGAAAGUACCGAGGCCUGCUGUUGUGAUCAAUUCCAGCCCCAAGUUAAUGAAACGUGCCGGUCCGACGGAACAAUUAUCAGGAAAACUAAGUAUUGGAAGAUUUUUGAUGGACAGUGCAGGCCGGAAGUCCUCGUAGAAAUUCUUCCAAAAGUCGAAUGUCCGCAAAUUAGAAUUCAUCCUGCCGGUCCAUGUGACACUUCUACAGGACGCCAGCCGAUGGAACUCGUGAAAUACGAGCUCAAAGGUUGCAGGUGUCAGGCAGUAGGUCGAACACUCAAGGACCGACAGUGCCGUUGUAAGGAAGAUGAGAAGGUCUUCGGUGAGUGCAACCCAACCACCUGUCUCCAAAAAGUGUUGAUAAUCCAACACAAACAACGUAUGGGGGCUUGCAAAGCUCAAACUCCGGUAACGAAGUUGCAGUCUUGCUGCUGUAAGCCAGCGGAACUGGAACAGAAAGUGACUAGGGAAUGUGAUCCGAAGACAGGUUCGAUUCGCGAAAUCUCAAUCAGCCAUGUUUUUAAUGUGGAGAAAAACAAGUGCCUUCCAAUCACCGUUGCGAAGAUCCUGCCAGUGAAAGAAUGUUCAAAGGAGCCGGCCAUUGUCCACGGCAAAUGCAACCCUGCUUCCGGCGUCGCAAUCGACGUUGAGACGAACAGCGUCUUUGACCGCGAAUCGUGUUCUUGCAAAAAGUCCUCGAAGCCUUUCCUAAGAAUUUGUUCCUGCAGCCACGUUCCACUCAUUUCUCCAGAGUCUCAUUGUGAUGAACAGACCAAAGAAUUAGUCACAACGGCAACUAGAUAUUUGUUGCAGGACAACGCUUGCAUCAAGACCUCAGAAAGUUCCAGAAAGAACAUUACGUGCCCACCACCGAAGGAAACGCAUGGAAUGUGUGACCUUAAGACUUGUUUGGCUAAUGUCGAGGUUACCAACUACGUCGUGGAACAGUGCCGGUGCGUGAAACACCAGAACACGCGCCAGGAGACCUGCUGCUGCCCCGCGCCCCAGACCGUUGAGGAGUGCCUGGCAAACGGGACGCUGCUCUUCCGGAAGCACAUCACCCAUAGAUUUAAUCCAGACACAAAGUCAUGCGAAACAGCCGUCAAAGUUGUUAAACAGCCAGUGGCAUGUGACCUAACACAGAGUGUUGAAAUUUCACGUCACUGCGACAAGGAGACAUGUCGACCAAUUCGACUGAUGGAACAGAACAAUCUAGAAAACUGCAGAUGUACACCCCAGCGCUUAAUGAUACCCAGUGAUGACCAACGGUGUUGCUGUCCUGGACCAAACAUAACAGUUUCCUGCGAUGACGACCUCGGCAUUAUACGGAAAACUCAAUUUUCUUACACUCUUGAGAAUGCUACCUGCAUCCCGAAGGUGCUUAAGUCUUACGAAAAGAUAAAUUGCUCCGAACCGACUGUACAGAUCGGCCCUUGUGACCACACGAAGAAAAUACAGGAGGUCACCAAAGUCUUUUAUGACUUGGUCAAAUGCAAGUGCAAAAAGCGUCUCGUCCGAUCAACGCAACCCUGCGGUUGCCCUGCUCCCGAGAUUACGUUGGGUCCAUGCAGCGGUGGUAAUCAAGAAAGAAAUGUUUCACGAGUUACCUACGUGCCUGCGAAUGGAACGUGUUUCAAGAAAGUCGACAACCUGCAUUCGGAACCUUGCGCGUGUCCUCCACCAAAGAUUACAAAGCGCUGUGAGGAUGGAAAUUGGAUAACUAUCAAACACACUUUUAAACUUCUCGAACGGAAUGGUAGGAUGAGUUGUAUCAACGAAAUUGAGACGGAACGAACCCCAGUCAUAUGUUCCGAACCGAAGCAGCUUAGUACUAGCAAAUGCUUGCUUGGCGAGCAUCGCAGAAAACUUGUUUUCCGGCAUUUCUCACUAGACCCGAAAACCUGCAAGUGCGUUCCCAGAACAGAGACGAUUUUUGAGGCGUGUGCGUGCUUACCUAAUCGCCGCGUUGUAAGCAGCGGUUCUGGUUGUGUAAUCGAACGGGACAACGGAGUUUAUCGCUCCGAAGUGACGCGAUGGCAAGAAUUAGAUAAUUGCACUUGCGUGCCCCGAGAGAAGAUCACAGAGAAACUUUGCAAUUGUGCAAAAUCCGAGGAAAAAAUGAGCUGUGAAGAAAACUCGGUUCUAAUAAAAGAACUCGUUCGUUUUAAUCAGCAGGGAGACCAGUGCAUAGCCGAGAGCCAGACUAUUCGUCGCAAAGUCGAAUGUGACAGUGAAACGCAAAUUAUUGGGGUUUCAAGUUGCGAGAAGUCAACUGGAGAAUCCGGAAGGUGCUACGAAACAGUGACUGUCGAACGGCACUAUGUUGAGAAUUGCAAGUGUCUAAGGGAGUUGGUCGAAGUUAAACGACUUUGCUGCGCACCUCCAGCCAAUACAAGUCGCAAGUGUGACGUGAAGAACCAGCGGUGGUCUAUCAUCCUCUUCACUUCUGGCAAUUUAACUGUGCACGAUAAUGACCUGAGUACGGUUCAAGACGAAACUGCAGAAUCUGUUGUAUGUCCUGCCAAAGAAGUUCGUGAAGCCUGCGACAAGAAGACGGGGGUCUGGACCCGAACUGUCACCAGGUUCCAAAUCGAUGGGUGCAUUUGCAAAAAGCAAGAAAGUGUCAAAACCGGAAAGUGCACCUGCCCCAAACGCGUGGUGUGGGAGUCGUCCUGCGAAAACCAAUUCCGAACCAUUAAGACUACAUUUUACAAGUUGGUUGAUGGAGAAUGUUUGCCACAUGUGACGUCAAAACAGGAACGCUGUGACUGUCCGAAACCGCGGAAACACAAAGUCAAGUGCGACGGGAACGAGUGCGACCAGUUGAACACGCAAAAUGUAUCCUGCACAAACGGUGUUAGAACGACGGUCACAGUGACUCACAUCCUCAGCGGUGGCAAAUGCAUACCCAGCGAGGACAUUAAAAGAGAAAGAAUUAUUUGUCCUCCAAGAAAGGAGGAGAUUGGUGCCUGUGACACUGACCCAAAGUCUCCAACCCGCGGUCUCACAGCAAAGACGGUCCACGCCCACAGCUUCGAUGGAUGCAACUGCGUUCCAAAAAUCUUUAACGUCUCUGAAAUCUGCGAUUGUAAUCAGGACAAUGUAUCACCGAAGCUUGCAAAGGGAGACUGUAUGGUUGGUAGUGAUGGAAUUGGCCGCCGCAACGUCACUAUUUAUAAGCAACUUCCCCGUAACUGCACAUGUCAGCUUCUUCCUGUGCAAACGGAUACGGAGAUUUGCAGUUGCCCCCUACCGAAAAUCGAGCGAAUUUGUGUGGAUAACGGAACCACCUUGUUGGAGGGCAGGUCCAAAUACACCCUCCGAACCAAUGGGGGAGCUCGUGUUUGUGUUGAGGAGCAGCUCGAAAGGCCAAUUUCAGCCUGCCCUGCAACAAGUGGAAAGAAGACCUGGGAGGUCCGCGGACCUUGAGCGAAACCCCAAAUCUUUAUGGGACCGUGCCAACCGGACCAGCACCGCAUUGUAAAAGUCAUCGCCAAGAGACCUCUUGACUGCAAAUGUAAGAACUUCGUACUUCAGAAGCUGCGUAUGCGAUGUGGAUGUCCAAAAGUUUUUAAGCACAUCUACGGGCCCUGCAAAAAUGCCCAGCAAGUCGUAAAACUGGUCACUUUGCAAGCCACAUCCUACAAGAAAAAGCUAGACAGUGGUGAGCUAGUUAACUCAACUCGGUGUCAACCCGUAGUGGUUAGCAGACGCGAACGACCAUGUGGCUGCACCGAGAACCCGAAAGUCCUUCGAAAGUGUCUCCCCGGGAACCUUCUCCAAGUCAACGAGACCAAAUUCCGCUUUAAUGACACCACCCAGACCUGCCAGAAGGAAACCGUCAGUCUCGCCUUCCCAACCGUCUGUCCUGCUCAGGAAAAGCAGAUUUCCAAAUGCGGGGGCGAGGAAAGCGGUUACACCGCAAGUGAAAUCGUUACCACGUGGACUCCAAUCGACUGCAUAUGUGUUCCGAAAACCACUGAACAUAAUUUUAUCUGCAACUGCAGUGCUAAGUAUCCAGCUAGGACGUCAGUUUCCUGUAAAAACGACAGCCUUCUGGAAACAACAAUUGUUAACUCACGGUUGAGGGGCAGGGAGUGUAUACCCCAUGUCACUAAGUCAAUCGCCCAAAUCGCUUGUCCUUCGAGCCUAAAGAGCAGCAAGUCUCACAUCUGCGGCGAAAAUGCACACAAGUGCAAUGUGACAUGGUUUGAACAAGCACCCGUGAACUGCAAAUGUGAAUGGCGCCCAAUUAAAUCGGAGGUUGAGUUGAAAAGACGAGGUCUCUCCUCAUUUGAGUGGCGCCGGUGUCCUAAGGCACUAGAAUUGGACUCCAAGUGUCACCGCAUCGGCCCCAACCAAUACCUUCACCAAAAAACCGUGCUAAAGUAUGUCAAAGACGGACAUGACUGUAUUCCCAUUCGCGAGACUCUCAAUAACAAUUUUACAUGUCCGGAUGGAACACAAACUUUCAGGUCCGACUGCGAUCCAAUGACAAAUAUGUCAACUGAGUACCGAGUAACCUUCAAACUAGAGAAUUGUGAAUGCAAGAAAUUGGGAAAUUCCAGUCGUCCUUGUGUCUGUGGGUGCCCGCCCACACGUACUCAUUCCAAGUGCAACCCCGAGACUGGUAUUCUCGAGACCACAGAAGAAACCUUUACACCAAGUGAUUGUGAGUGCAUUAAAACAAUUAAGCAGUUCGAAAAGUCUGUUGAGUGUCCUGGCUUCGGAGGCGUAGUUCUCGAUCGAGAAGAAGGGCCGUGCGAGAUGGACAAGGCUACAGGGGACAGUUACCGUGACGUGACAUGGACCACGGGUGACCGAGAGGGUUGUGCGUGCGUUCAGCGGAAGCACAAGAAACGGGAGCUUUGCCACUGCGCCCCGCGUGAAAGAAAAUUAACCAGAUGUGUCGAUAAUGCGAAAAGGGAGAUUAAAACACUCCGACGCGUUCUCACUGACGAAAAGAGGUGCGUGGAGAAGGAAUACGACAAGUUAAGCUUACUAGUAAACUGCCCUGAAGCACGAGUCAUAAGGAGUGUUUGUGACAAUAAGACUGGAAUCUCAACCGUUUCGAAACUACAUCCCGUUAUUGAGGCAUGUCGGUGCAAAGCCCAGGUGCAAAUAUACAAAGCCCCUUGCAGAUGCAAUCCUGUUGAAAAACUUGUUCAAAAAACGCCCUGUGAUAAUGUGACCUGUCUCUCGACUGCAGUCUACAUUCGCGAGGUACCAGACAGAUUUGCUAAUGGCAGCUGCUCGAUUGAUAAGAUUGCCGAGGAGUUGAAGUGUUGCUGUCCACCACCACAAAGCAGACGAAUAUGCGACCCCUCAAGUGGCACUAUUCGUACUCUCGUUCGGGAAUUUCGUAUCUCUAACGGACGGUGUCUCCCACGUCUGCAUGUGACCUCCGAAAUGCCGGUCAUCUGCCCACGAAACGAGACCACACACGUUGUAACUUUAAAAUCCGGAAAGAUGCGCGUCUUGACGACGAGGAUAGUUCGAGAAGGAUGCAAAUGUAAGAAGGUUACAGGAAUGGCAAUCACAGAGUGGAAAUGUCCCAACGCCACACAUAGCCGAAAAUGCAUCAAAUCCAAUCAAGAUGGCCAAUUUGCAUGGCAAACGACCCUUUCCAUUUGGCGACCAUCUGAGGACAAAGUUUUGACCUGCAACCACCAUGAACUUCACAUCAAUGUCACACCAGUCAGCUGUCCCCUUCCAAAUGUUACCGAGUCGCUCUGCUUCUUUGUGGACAGCCGACAUGGGUUUGUGCGGAACGUUACCACUGUAGCCACGCGUGCUACAGGCUGUCAGUGCGUUCAAGAGGAACCAAGCACCACGUUGGAAGUCUGCAACUGUUCCUUGCCUGUAACGCAAACCAUUUGUGACAAGGAAAAGGGGAUUAUUACAGAAAAGGUCAUACAUUACAAUAUCUCGUCUGAUAGAAGUCGUUGUAUUCCACGGGAGACGACACAUAAGUGGCAAAACGUUUGCUUCCCUCCAACAUUUGUACUCCGAGAAACAACCGCAUGUGUGAAUGGGGUCUUCUUCAAGGUCUACGUCAAACGCCUUCGUGAUGGGUGUAGGUGCCGCACAAAAGCGAAACGAGUUGCAUUCCCCUGUGAUUGCCCUAAGCCCUCCCUAAAGUCAACGUGUCUCGAUGAUGGGAUAACACAACUUACACACACAAUUCGCCACACCAGGAAGCAUCUCAACGGUCCUUGUGAUUAUGAAGAAUCAUAUGUAAAAAAGAUUACCAGUUGUGGAAGUCUCCCUGCGGAAGAACUCCAACCAGGUCGAGAUUACACUAUUCGCCAUGAUGGUUUAAAUAAUACGCGAAGUGUCUUCCACGUUUAUCCGUGUGGGGCUGGUGGGUCAUCCUGCAGGCAACGCGUCAUCAAAGUGAGCGUUGCUAGGGCCGCCGAUGGUUGUCGUUGCGUUGUGAGGAGAGAAGAGAGCAUGGAAGCGUGCUGCUGCAACAAAGAAGGACUUCAAAGUGAUUCAAUAAAGCCGGAAAAGUUACAGUGGGAGGAGUGCGAUUCGAGCGAUCACGCUGUAUCCGUGAAACAACAGAGGAUUUGGAGACUGAUUGACGGAGAAUGCUGGCCUCUAACAUUUACGAUAUCUACACCGCUGAUGUGUUCAAACAGAGAAAUUGAGCGCCCUGCGGGUGCCUGCAUUAACGACAAACAACGCUUCAUUGUCAGUAAAUCAGUUCGAGAUGGCUGUCACUGCAAGGUGGUGAAAUCAGUUGUCUACAAACCAUGUCUAUGUCAGACGGUUUCGGCAGCUGAGGUCAUUUUUAUUGUGGACGAGUCAGUGUCCAGUCGCAUACCCCAAUACUCUCGUUGGGUGCGUGACAUCCUCAAGCUGACAAUCCGCACAUUUAAGAGCACCCACAACGACACUUCUACAUUCCGUUUCGCCGUGAUCAAGUAUUCUAGCGACCCCAGCAUCGCCUUCAAUCUAGGGCAAUAUGAGGAUUCUGCUCCGAUGCUCAGCCACUUGGAACAGCUUAAUUAUGAGGGAAAACUAUCAAAUUUGGGCAAGGCGCUCGAUCUCACUAAGCGAGAGGUGCUGCCAAGGGUGCGCGCGGGAAUCCUUUCAUUUAUCUACAUAAUUAGUGAUGGUGUGAAUGACAAAUCAGCCGAUGCCAGUAGCAUUGCCGCUGAACUUGCUGGCGCGGGAGUUCAGGUUUAUGCUGUCGGAGUGGGUGCCGAUGCCCGAGGACAGGCGUUCCUACAAAGCCUCACGUCAAGGCCACGAAUUGGCCACUUCGUGGCCUUUUCUGUAGAGCGAAAAGUUGAAACUCUCUCCGACUGGCUGAUAAAGUCUCUUUGCAUCAAAUCCUGCCCGGAGAACACCCAGUCUCGGAGCACUUGUUCCCGAGAUACAGGUUGUCUUGGUCUCAUCUACGAGCGUUCCUUCAAGUACAAUACCGAUCUGGGGAAAUGUGUUGGCUUCUCUAAAAGACGGCCUUAUCGUUGCUGCUGUCUCGAGUCUCCAAGAGAGGAGAAAAAGUGUGUCAACGGAAGCCUCAUUGCUAUCAAGGAGCUUUGGAAACUUAAGACAAGUAAAACAGGCGUUUCUGUGUGUCAGCACUAUAAAAUUGAACAAGAUCUAACUGGAGAGCUCUUAAGAGGCUGCCCGUCAGAGGAAGUCCAUCAAGGUACCUGCUCUUCGGAGGGAGUUAGAACGGACGUCACUGUCAAGAGGACCGUAGAAAAUUGUGAAUGUAAAGUGACCCGACAGGAGGUCACGAAACGGUGCCUCUGCGAUGCCAAAACCAGAGAAGAAAAACAAUGUAUAGGCGACAACAUAGUGAGUCUCAUUACGAGAAAAGAGGUCCUCAGCGUUGAUGGCCAAUGCAAGGAGGAAGAGAAGGUUCUUAAGAAAACUAUUUGUUGCCUUGCUCCGAGGAAUACGCGGCAGGAGGACAAGUGUAUUAAUCGGGAUACAAGGGUCACAAGUGAAAUCUCUGUUUACUAUGCCGAAGACAAGCGGUCCUGUGUGACAAAGACUGUCCGAAGUUAUGAGCCCAUCGAUUGUCCGACGAAAUCGGCACUGUUUAAGUCGGAGUGCGGCCAUAUUGGAAAUGACACUAAUCACUUGAUUGAAAGCAAUCAUAUAUCCGAUCCGAAUCUCUUGGUUAGUCGUGUGGAAAGCGUAUCAUGGCGCCUCGAUGACUGCCAAUGUCAGCCAAUCCGUCGAUGGGAAUUCGAAGCCUGUGGGUGCCGAGAAAUUGAGAAGCAGGUGGUGCAGGAAUGUCACGACGAACAGGGAAUUCUUAUUGUCUAUAAGCAAAAUUACGUGCUCUCUGUGGCUGCUGCCAAUCAAACCUACAAUGGCCCUGAUGCUAUCGGAAAGCGUUUCAAUGAACUCAAUCAGGCUAGUUGUAGAUCCGUUUUCUCUGGCAGGACGAUCUCACAAACGGUAUGUCCCGAUGCUGCAAUUACUCGUGGACCUUGUCUCUAUGACGACGACGAAAAGCGGGCCUUCCAAAAACUUGAGACUCGUACCUGGAAGCGUGAGGGUUGUACGUGCAAGCAACUGCCAAUUAAUGCCACCAGUGAACUGUGUGGGUGUCGACGGAAAAUUUGGACUCAAAAGAGGUGCUCGAAAAAUUCCAAAGACAUGGGAGCUGUUCUUGUAGUCUAUCAUAUCCGCGAAAGACUCGUUCGUACUUCCCAUGGUCCUGUGUGUAAAGUAGAUAUGAAAGUUCAGAAACAUCCCAUCAAGUGUCCGCUUCCACAAGUACACUAUUCAAAUUGUUCCAACGGGGAGAUGACCGUGACAAUAGAACUAGUAAGUCUCAAAGAUUGUGAGUGCGUGACCACAAGUCACAGCCGCAAACUCCGUUGCCUUGAAAUUACCAUGGACAGGAAAGAACUGCUUCCACGAAAACCAGAAGGCAAGUCCCAACCUGAAUUACCCACAAACGAGAGUUCCCUGGACUUCAAGCGACUUCGUGAAAAACUUGCACGUCUAGGCUUGCCAGUGAUUUAUGAACGGCUAAAUGAAAGCAAGGUCAAAGAAUACGAACCACAAGGUCCAAAACCAGAUGCUGAUAUGGGAGGAAAAUCCAAUUUCCACAAGUCUUCACCGUUGAAUGCUGCAAAGCAUCGGCUACGCAGAUAUAAGCCAUUGAAGGUGCCAAGCCAAGAGGAGACUGGAAGAAGCAAAACACCAGGAGAGUCUCCGGUUUUAGAGCCAAGAAUGGCAAUGCCCAAGAAACAGCCGGAUCCAUCAGAAAAGCUAAAACACGUUCAACAGCCGAUGGAACCCGGAACUGUCGAGCAGGCUCAAAAUAAACCAGAAAAGCCUCAUCGACGAACUAAACGACCUGGACGGCGUGUGAUAAACUUUAUCGAAUGUGUAGAUCUUCUGCCUACACAGGAAUGCAUUGAAUUGGAUAAGGGUCCAAAUUCAAAGUGCGAUGAACAAGGUCGUGUCAGAGACGAAUUGUGCCACUUCCCAAUCAAUCAAACAGAAUUCACGAUGCAGGAAGCUGAAGCCAACAACUGUCUAGUGACAGAUUUGCGUUAUGGCAAAAAAUAUCAUCUCAAAACCCUGAAAAACUCUGGCCUAAAUCGUUGCAAGCGAAUCUGCACCAGUGAUCCUCGAUGUUUGGGAUUCGAUUUCUACGUUCCUCUAAGCGAUGAGAUGCAUGGAUCCUGUCAUCUGAGCAAGGUUGAUCGUCCGACUCUCCAGCGCCGUCUAAACGUGAAUGAAUUGCAAAUCGGUGCAACUGCGAAGGAUCUUCUACGAAUGAAAUCGAAACGCUGCAUUCACUUCCGGCGGGUGUUCAAUCAGCCGACACCACUGCCGACCUUGAACUACCUCUCCAAUUGUACAUGCGAGAACCUGAAAUCGGAGCACCCUCUAUCGCGUAGCAUUCACUCAGCAGGAAAAGGGCAUUUGGUUGGUCGGAUGCACUGCGUAAAAAAGGCUGAAAGCAUUCACAUAAACUGGCAGGGCCUGCUGACCUGUGAGCCUCCCAAAAAGCCACAGCCUUCUACAAAAGCAAAAGACGUUAAUGCGACCACAAACUCCACAGACUCUGCGUCUGUGGGCCCCUGCGUCGACUUGAAACCCACAGACUGGUGUGAAGAGGUGGCUAAAACGGGUGCUUGCAAACAGAAGUCAUUUAGAGCGGUCUGUGGUGGUACUUGUGGAACGUGUAUCUGUAAAAGAAACUACCGAUACUUUGGGAAGUGCUUGCCCAGUGGAAGAAUGACGGUCGUGAAAAUCAUUCACUCCCGCAAUCUUUAUCAUGGACGCUGUACGGCUACGAAAGUUGUUCAUGUUGUACCAUGUGAAGUCUGUCCAUCGCAACCAUACGAGCUCAUACAGCCAUGUGAUCGAAGAACAGAGACGCUGGCUGUCAUUCGAGUGAGUCCUCUUUUAAAUUCAAGCCAUCCCACAAGAUGCAAGUUGAAGUUAGAAAAGAAAUCCCUUAGUUGUGCUGGCUGUACCUUUGCUGGAGGCUACGGAAUUGAACGCAAAGGAGUUUCAGAGUGUAAGAAACUGCCCAGUGGGAAGCAUCGUCUCGCGGUGCGCACUGAAUAUCUUGUCAAUGAAAGUGGAUGUUGCGUAGUUAAGAGCUCCUACCGAUUCUUCGCUUGCUUAGGAUGCCCAGAACGACGCAUCAGCUUUUCGCAAUGUGAAAACGGCUGGCAACUCAAGACGGUGGCCUUUUUCACUCGACCAUUAACUGGCAAAUAUGCCGACGAAAAUCGGAGAAUCCCAGUGUCAGCCUGCAUUAAACGAGUUGUGUCAACCAAAGAGCCGUGUAUUUCGACUGGUGAUAAUCGGAGCAGCUGCUGCACCGAUCUACUCGGCUGGAAGGCUUGUGAAGAGUACAAGCUAAGUGGGCGCUGUUCCACGAAUCCUGAGGUCGCCUUAAGGCUAUGCGCCAAGCACUGCAACUUUUGCUGA